AUAAAGAGAGAGAGAAAGCAGAUCAUUCUCCUCUCAUCUCUCUUUUUUAUUCAAACCAAUUCGCAUCGCAUUCACCCUACCGUUAGGAGUCUGUCUUCCUUCUCUCUCUCUCUAGAAUCCUUCCAUUUCUCAUGGCAAUCGCCACAGACACGCAGCUUGCACAAAAGGCUUCUACAGAGGCAGCAGCCGAAAAGAAGAGAUGGACACUUAACGACUUUGACAUUGGGAAACCACUCGGAAGGGGGAAAUUUGGUCAUGUUUAUAUAGCUAAGGAAAAGAGGAGCAACCAUAUUGUUGCACUAAAGGUGCUAUUCAAAAGCCAGCUCAAACAAUCACAAGUCGAGCACCAACUUCGCCGAGAAGUGGAAAUACAAAGCCAUCUUAGACACCCAAAUAUCCUACGACUCUACGGUUACUUCUAUGAUCAGAAAAGAGUCUACCUGAUUUUGGAAAAUGCUGCCAAAGGAGAACUCUACAAGGAGUUGCAAAGGUGCAAAUACUUCAGUGAGCGCCGUGCUGCUACCUAUAUUGCUUCAUUAGCGCGUGCUCUUAUAUAUUGUCAUGGGAAGCAUGUUAUUCACAGAGAUAUAAAACCGGAGAACCUUUUAGUUGGUGCACAGGGUGACUUAAAGAUUGCGGACUUUGGUUGGUCUGUGCACACAUUCAAUCGUAGGCAGACCAUGUGUGGUACACUAGAUUAUCUCCCGCCUGAGAUGGUGGAGAGUGCUGAGCAUGAUGCAAGUGUAGACAUAUGGAGUCUUGGUAUUUUGUGCUAUGAAUUUCUCUAUGGGAUUCCUCCAUUUGAAGCAAAAGAACACUCUGACACAUAUAGAAGGAUUUUGCUAGUAGAUUUGAAGUUUCCGCCAAAACCGGUAGUCUCCUCAGCUGCCAAGGAUCUAAUCAGUCAGAUGCUUGUUAGAGAAACUUCAAAGAGAUUGCCUUUACACAAGCUUCUUGAGCAUCCAUGGAUAAUUCAGAAUGCUGAUCCAUCAGGAGUCUACAAGUUUUAAUCAUCAUGUUCAUUAUCAUUCAUUAUCCUCUAUCAAUUAACAUGAUUUCUUAGAAAUGAACGCGGGUGCAAAUGAUAUAUUUUCUUAACAAGAAUCUCCUGUCGUAUCUCUUUUA